UUCGGAGAGAGAGAAAGAGAAUGGAGAAUUCAGGAGCGAUCCUCUGCCAGAUAUCUUCUCUCAAGGACAUGCUCGAUCGGGUGAAUGAAGAAAUCGAGGCUAGCAUUCAGAUAACCAGAGAUAUUGAAUCAGAGAUCGUGAAAAUUUCUGAACUCGAGAGUAGUUUGGAAAUUAAAGAAUCUGAAUUGACGAAGAUGGUUUACGCGUUGGAGUUUGAGAUCAAUGGAUUGAUGGCGGUGAUCGCUAACUCAAGAACCUCAGUGAGAUUUUUGGAGAAGGAGUUAUGUUGUCUGAGAAUGAAGCAGGAUGAGACGCUCAAAAGAAUGAGAAACAAGCGGGAAAUAUUUACCUCCUCGUGCCUAAAUUUUCAAAGGGGCAUUGACAAGGAAGAAAAUGAUGAACUGAGGACUUUGUUGUUGGAGAAAGAGUGUCUUCAAAAUGAAAUCCAACUCUUGGACAGGAAAAAUAAUUCAUUGAGAAAUUCAAUGCUGGCAUUUAUGGAAGAAAUCCUUGAAGAUCUCUGUAGUUCAAACUCAGCUUUAUAUACUAAGAUAGGCGCUGGGAAUUGGGAGAAUGAGAAACUGCAAAAGGAUAUUGAUGAGUUAAAGACUACACUAAUUUCAAUUAUCUCAACACAUGAUGACUAAGGGGCACUGUAUAUUCCCAUUAUAUAGCACUUUGCUGAGCCCAUGCUGCUGAGGGUGAGGGUGAGGGUGAGGGUGAGAGCGAGGGUGGACCACAGCUUAAUUUUCGCCUUAUAUAAGAGCAGCCUUCAAUUCUGAUCAAUACUAGGGUAGCAACAGGGAAGACACAACAGAAAGUUAAAAUACUGAAUGCAGCGGAUCCAAGAAGAAGAUCAACGAUGAAGAGGAGGAGUAGCAGAAUUAAUGGAGGCCCUAAUAAGAGAAGGCUGUUCUCAUGUAAAGGGUUUGGAGGGUUCCUUCGAGAGCAAAGAGGUAGGCUCUACAUCAUCAGAAGAUGUAUUGUUUUGCUUCUCUGCUCCCAUGAUUAAUCCAUGCACACAUUCAUUCAUUUAAAUUAAAUGUAUUUCACAAACUAAUAAUACUAAUCAAAGCUACCCAUCAAUUCUUUUUCUUCCUC